UUUGCUGCAGUCUUUUCAACAGACCCUGAGUGAGAAAAAGAUGUCUUGUAAGAUAGAGAUUGAUUGGUUUGAAUGCUGAAGGGGGUCUCCCACUUGUUAAUGACCCAGAAACAUUCCGGCUGACUUUCCUGAACCUUCCUCUCGUUUCCUCCAUUUUCCUCCUCCUCUGCUCUGUGCAUGAGCUGGCACAUCACUACCUAGACCAGAGGAUAUGCUGGGCUUCUGAUGAUGGCUGCACCGCAUGCAGCAGCGUGCAGGGUCAAAGACAGCCGGACCCCCAUGUCAGUGGUCUAGGAUGGCCAGUGAAAACUCGAGCAUCCCCAGUCCUGUGGUGCGUCAGAUUGACAAGCAGUUUCUGAUCUGCAGUAUCUGCCUGGAGCGGUACAAGAACCCCAAGGUUCUCCCGUGUCUGCACACUUUCUGCGAGAGGUGCCUGCAGAACUACAUUCCUGCCCACAGUUUAACCCUCUCCUGCCCAGUGUGCCGGCAGACCUCUAUCCUGCCCGAGAAAGGGGUGGCCGCGCUCCAGAACAACUUCUUCAUCACGAACCUGAUGGACGUGCUGCAGCGAGCUCCCGGCAGCAAUGUUGAGGGAUCUUCCAUCUUGGAGACCGUCACUGCUGUGGCUGCGGGGAAGCCCCUCUCUUGCCCAAACCAUGAUGGGAAUGUGAUGGAAUUUUACUGCCAGUCUUGCGAGACCGCAAUGUGUCGUGAGUGCACCGAGGGAGAGCACGCCGAACACCCCACAGUCCCACUCAAGGAUGUGGUGGAGCAGCACAAAGCCUCGCUGCAGGUCCAGCUGGACGCCGUCAACAAGAGACUCCCAGAAAUUGAUUCAGCUCUUCAGUUCAUCUCGGAAAUCAUUCAUCAGCUAACCGACCAAAAGGCCAGCAUUGUGGAUGACAUUCAUUCCACUUUUGACGAGCUGCAGAAGACCUUAAACGUGCGCAAGAGUGUGCUGCUGAUGGAACUGGAGGUCAACUACGGCCUCAAACACAAAGUCCUUCAGUCGCAGCUGGACACCCUGCUCCAGGGCCAGGAGAGCAUCAAGAGCUGCAGCAGCUUCACCGCGCAGGCGCUCAACCAUGGCACCGAGACGGAGGUGCUGCUGGUGCGCAAGCAGAUGAGCGAGAAGCUCAGCGAGCUCGCGGAGCAGGACUUCCCGCUGCAGCCGCGGGAAAACGACCAGCUCGACUUCCUGGUGGAGACCGAAGGGCUCAAGAAGUCCAUCCACAACCUCGGCACCAUCCUCACCACCAACGCCGUCGCCUCGGAGACGGUGGCCACGGGCGAGGGGCUGCGGCAGACCAUCAUCGGGCAGCCCAUGUCCGUCACCAUCACGACCAAGGACAAGGACGGGGAGCUGUGCAAGACCGGGAACGCGUACCUCACGGCCGAGCUGAGCACGCCCGACGGCAGCGUGGCGGACGGCGAGAUCCUCGACAACAAGAACGGCACCUACGAGUUCCUGUACACGGUGCAGAAGGAAGGGGACUUCACCCUCUCGCUGCGGCUCCACGACCAGCACAUCCGCGGCAGCCCCUUCAAGCUGAAGGUGAUCCGCUCGGCCGACGUGUCCCCCACCACCGAGGGCGUGAAGCGCCGCGUCAAGUCCCCGGGGAGCGGCCACGUCAAGCAGAAGGCGGUGAAGAGGCCGGCCAGCAUGUACAGCACCGGCAAGCGAAAAGAGAACCCCAUCGAGGACGACCUCAUCUUCCGAGUGGGUACCAAAGGAAGAAAUAAAGGCGAGUUUACAAAUCUUCAGGGGGUAGCUGCCUCUGCAAGUGGAAAGAUAUUGAUUGCAGAUAGUAACAACCAAUGUGUGCAGAUCUUUUCCAAUGAUGGACAGUUCAAAAGUCGUUUUGGCAUACGAGGACGCUCUCCCGGGCAACUGCAGCGGCCCACAGGUGUGGCCGUGCAUCCCAGCGGGGACAUAAUAAUUGCAGAUUACGAUAAUAAAUGGGUUAGCAUUUUCUCUUCUGAUGGGAAGUUUAAGACAAAGAUUGGAUCCGGAAAGCUGAUGGGACCCAAAGGCGUUUCUGUGGACCGCAACGGGCAUAUUAUUGUGGUGGACAACAAGGCCUGCUGUGUGUUUAUCUUCCAGCCAAACGGGAAGAUAGUCACGAGGUUUGGUAGCCGAGGAAACGGGGACAGGCAGUUUGCAGGUACACUCGAUGGUCCCCAUUUUGCCGCUGUAAACAGCAAUAAUGAAAUUAUUGUGACAGAUUUCCAUAAUCAUUCAGUCAAGGUAUUUAAUCAGGAAGGUGAAUUCAUGUUAAAGUUCGGCUCAAAUGGAGAAGGAAAUGGGCAGUUCAAUGCUCCAACUGGUGUCGCCGUGGAUUCCAAUGGAAACAUCAUUGUAGCCGAUUGGGGAAACAGCAGGAUCCAGGUUUUCGAUGGGAGCGGAUCAUUUUUGUCGUACAUUAACACAUCUGCUGACCCACUCUAUGGCCCCCAGGGCCUGGCCCUCACGUCAGACGGCCACGUUGUGGUUGCAGACUCUGGAAAUCAUUGUUUCAAGGUCUAUCGAUAUCUACAGUAACGGCGAGUAGCUGAGCAACCGCGCCCAAAGGUCUUACACUGUAAACUGGAAUGGAUUUCUCAACGUGGGACCAGAGUAUAACUGGAUUUUGGGGGGUGGGGGCAGCUAGAAGGAAUCAUUGGUGAGCUUUCUAAGGUUCCUUCUGAAUGUAACAAUUCCCCUAAGACUGCAUACCUGAUUUCUCUAAUUCAAAUUAAGGGUAACAAGCAAAAACAAGAAA